AACCACGUCGCUGCAGCAAAUCUGACAACACCAUAUAGCAUUUGCCCACAUUGUACGAUCAUGACGGUGGAGAUGUGACCUUCAAUGGGAUGGUGUUGGAACCUCCUACAUGUAACACGGAGACUAAUUCGUACGAAACUGCACCGAAACAGUUCCACAAUGAGUAAACGCAUUGCAGUCUGCCAGAUGACGUCUGUUGCUGAUAAGGCUGCAAACUUGAACAAUGUUAGCAUGCUCGUUUCGUCUGCUGCUAAGGAGGAGGUGCAGAUGAUAUUUUUCCCCGAAGCGUGCGAUUACAUCUGUGAUAAUAAAGAAGAUAUAGUUGCUAAUGCAGAACCAAUUCUCACUGGCGAUAUUGUCGGUAAAUACAAGGAGUUAGCAGCCAAACACAAUGUGUGGCUGUCAAUGGGUGGCGUACAUGAAAAGGACGAGGCAAACCCUAACAAAAUGUACAACACACACUUAAUAAUCGACAAUGAAGGCGAAAUUGUGCAAGCGUACAGAAAACUACACCUUUUCGAUGUAGAAAUCCCCGAGAAGAAGCUACGAUUGAAGGAGAGUGAUUUUUCACACGAAGGCGGACAUAUUGUCUCGCCAGUUGAUACACCUGUUGGGAAAGUAGGUAUGGCAAUAUGUUAUGACAUGAGAUUUCCAGAAUUAAGUACAUCACUAAGUAUAUUAAAAGCUGAGAUAUUGACAUUUCCGUCUGCCUUUACCCAGACGACGGGGGCGGCACACUGGCAUGUUUUAUUGAGAGCACGAGCUAUAGAAAAUCAAUGUUAUGUAAUAGCAGCCGCUCAGGCUGGCCAACAUAACGCCAAAAGAAAGUCUUACGGCCACGCGCUCUGUGUUGACCCUUGGGGGGACAUUUUAGCCGACUGCGGGGAAGAGAGUCCUUGUUUUAAAAUAGCUGAAAUAUCUAUACAAAAAUUGACGGAUGUUAGGAGAAAUAUGCCCGUUUUUAAUCAUAGAAGAAAAGACGUAUACUCUCUUCACGCGUUGAGUUUAAGAAAAACUUUGCUACCGCAACACACACCGAAUCCGGAUCCGUGUGAUGAAAAAACCGCAGAGCAAGAAUGUACAGGACCGACUUAUGCGUUUGGUCAUUGCAAAGUGCCAGCGGCUUGUGUGUUCUACAAGAGCGUUUUGACAUUCGCCUUUGUUAAUAUUAGAUGCGUGACACCCGGUCACGUAUUGGUGGCGCCGAUUCGUGCCGCUGAAAGAAAUGAGGACCUGAGUGAAGAAGAGGCCAUCGACUUUUAUAGAAGUAUCAGAUUGGUGCAACGGUUAAUGGAGAGAGUUCAUAAAACGCGCUCGUGCACCGUCACCAUUCAAGAUGGAUCUGAUGCCGGACAGACUGUAAAGGUGAUUGUAAUCUAUUGUUUAAAUCCGUCUUCUUUAAAAUUAGAGCGGAUUGCAGCCUUCGUUUUCUUUUAUUCACUAGUCCCAUUCUAUAACAAGCUUCAUAGAUAA